AGUGGAUAAUUAAAGAAAAAAUAAAUAGACUUUUCGUGUAAGAAUGAAUCCCACGACGACGUCGUUUUAGGAAAGCCUCUACGCCCUAUUCGUGCUCCCUCGAAAUCAAAUCCUCCUCUCCUUGGCUCCGCUGCCUGAACAAAUCGACACGCAGCAAAACCGAUGGCGUCAACGGUGAAGUACGUGCGCGUGCCGCCCAACUCGGUCAGCCUGGAGGAGGCGCGGCGGCGCGUAUUCGAGUUCUUCAAGACCGCCUGCAGGUCCAUCCCCACUAUCAUGGAGAUUUACAACAUCGAUGACGUCGUUACCCCCACCCAGCUUCGCGCUAUCGUCGCCUCCGAGAUCCGCAAGAACGCUCACAUCACAAACCCCAAGGUCAUUGAUAUGCUGCUCUUCAAGGGUACAGAAGAGUUGAGUAACAUCGUGGAGCAUGCAAAGCAGCGGCACCACAUUCUCGGCCAAUAUGUUUUGGGUCGUCCAGAAAUUACCCCAGACACCGGAACCAAGGAUCAGGGAUCCGAGUACUUGAAAAACUUCUUCAGAAGCAACUACUUUUGAAUCUCAUUUCCUUAUUAAUAUUAUGCCUUGGAAGAAUAAGUGUUGGAUGAGAAUUGGGCUCCGUGCGCGUUGGAGAAACGGGCCUCUUCCUUUUCCGUUUCUCGAAACUCGCGAGCUCUUAGAUUUGUUGACAUUGGUGUUACAUCGAACUAGUUGUUUCAUUUGUGAGCGAACUUGAUCUUCCAUUGCCAAAUGGUGCUACAGAAAUAUGGUGAUCAUAUGCUUCUCUGAGAAAAAAAGAAGAUUUCGGUGGCAUGUGGCUGGAUGAUAUAAAUAAUUUCACCUAAGUUUUUGAAUUUGUAAUCUUCUUGUCAUUGAAGUGCAGUAUAUAGCAUUAUAAUUUCUCAUCGAGAAAUGCUUUUCAAGUUUGAAAGAAUCGAUUUUUCUUGCU